AUGGGGAGGGAUGGGCCGGCUAGGUCAAAGGAGGGGAGGGCGUCCGGUGCUGCUUUCGGCCGGUGCUGCUCCCGGCCGCAUGGGCACUCGCCAGAAGAGGAGGAGGGGAGGGCGCUGGGUGUUUCGAUGGAUAGCCAAGAUAGUUCCAUGGGUUUGUACACAAAUUUGUUGAGUGAAGGAUAUAUUGAGGAAGCUUGGGGCGAAAAUUUGAGCAAUCAAUUUGGAGCACAGCCAAUGCAAGCUGAAGUUCCUACUCCUCCAGUAAAAGUAAAUAACAAGAGGAAAGGAAAUUUCAGUGACAAAGAAGAUGAAGUGUUGGUGGCUGCAUGGUUGCAUGCUAGUAUGGAUCCAAUAGUAGGUGCUAAGCAAAAGAGUGCGACUUAUUGGAAUAGGAUCCAUGAGGAGUAUGAAUUGCACAAGCCAGAAGGAAGUGACCGCAGUGUCAAUUCCUUAUCACAUCGUUGGUCCGUUCUGAAAGAACAAGUGGGUAGGUUUUGUGGAUGCUACGAUCAAAUUAUGCAUAGGCACGAAAGCGGGAAGACAGAACAAGAUAAGAUUGUUGAUGCUCUCAAAUUGUUCAAGUCACUAGAUAAGACCCAUAAAGGGUUUGUGCUACUGCAUUGUUGGAACAUGAUGCGUUUCGAACAAAAGUGGUUGGCUCAAACUGAUAGGUCAUCUCAAAGUAAUAAAAAACAGAAGUCAAGCUCAAAUGCAAGUCCGAGUAUGUCUACUCAUGAAACCAACACGGUCCAUAUUGAUGACUUUGAAGCUACAUCUCCGGCCAAAGCGGAUCACAUGAAGAGACCUAUUGGGAAGAAGGCGGAGAAAGUGUGGCAACGUCGAGGUAAAAAUGUUACCUCUUCAGAUGAUAGUAAUGUUGUCAUGGCAUUGGAUCUUGUGUUUUCAAAGGGGGAGGCAAGGGAGAUGGCAAGAGAAACAGCAAGACAAGCAAGAGAGAAUGCAAGAGAGGCAUCAAAGAAAGAGCGUUAUGAAGGAGCACUUGCAAUGGAGCAAAAGAAGAUUGAAAUUGAGGAAAGGAAGAUGGAAAUGGAAAUCAUGAACAAGGACCUUAGUUCUUUGGAUGAUGAUCAAAAAGAAUACUACAGGAUGUUACGGCGUGAUAUCAUUGACCGACGAUCUAAAAGAUCGAUUUGAGGUCUAUGGA